AAGCAUGAUAUGUGGAUCUUCUAUUAUGAUUGAUUAAAGAAAAGAAAAAAAAAAGGUGGAGAUGGGGUUGCCUUUAUAUACACAUAAAUUGAUAUCUGUAUGUUUGUCUGUGUGAUUGCGUUAGCUGAGUGCCUAAGUAUCCUUUUCCUUCACAUUCCUUUUCUUCCUCUUCUUUUUCAAUUUGAUAAAAAGAAAAUCAUGUCUUAUGCACUCAACAAGAUUUCUCACUUACGAAUCCCAUAUGAAGAUCAUAUCGAAUCGGCUACCGAUGACAUGGAUGAUGAAAAUAUCAUUAGCGAAAACGACGAAUGUGUAAGUUACAGGGGACAACUUUUGUGGUCUGGAGAGUUGAUCGAUAUAGUUGCACAAGAAUAUGAUCGUCAUCUUUCAGAAGGAAUCUCCAAGUUCGAGGCCAACGCUUUAAUACUUUCUGGUCUCAAGCAUAAAAAUAUCGUCUCUUUUGUUGGGUUCUGUGAGGAUCCGUACUGGGUUAUCAUCGUAACCAAGUAUGAGGUCAACAAAAGUCUCGAUAUGUAUUUAAGUGACUCAAGAAGCCUCUCAUGGAUGAAAAGAUUACAGAUAUGUGUUGGUGUUGCGCAUGGAUUGAGCUACCUUCAUUACGAGGAGGGGCGUGAUUAUAGUGUCAUACAUUGCAACAUCAAAAGCUCUUCAAUUCUGUUAGAUGAAAACUGGGAGCCCAAAAUAACUUAUUUUGGAAAUUCGAUAAGAACUCCAGUAGCUCAAAGGCAUCGUCUUCUCCAUGCUAAACAUUCUGGUACAGUAGGAUAUAUGGACGCAAUAUAUGAAAAGACUAAAGGUGUGACCCACAAGGUGGAUGUAUUCUCCUUCGGCGUGGUCCUAUUUGAAGUUUUGUUUGGGUGGGAAGCAUCAAGUCCGAAUGAGGAGAACGAGUCAUUAGUACAAUCGGCAAAAUUGCAUUAUGAAAAGGGAACGCUGGAAGAUAUGAUUAGUAGUGAUCUAAGGGAAGAAAUGGAUGACCAAUCAUUCAACAUCUUCUCAGAAACAGCAUAUUGUUGUUUGAAAGCGCAGAGAGCACAACGCCCGAAUAUGGAUCAAAUUGUCAAACGUCUAGAGAAAGCGGUGGAACUUCAAAAGAAAUUCGAAAACCAUGAACAUUCAAGAGAUGCGAGUGAAGGUACAUCGAUGGAUCGGCUGAAGGGGAAAGAUUUUGAACACUUGAAGAUUAAACUAAGUGAUUUAGAGUUUGCCACAGAGGAAUUUUCUGAAAAAUUCUGCAUCGGUUCGGGAGGAUAUGGCAAAGUGUACAAAGCAAAGCUUCAAUUUGAUGGGAAAAGUUAUUCGAAAAUAGAAGAGAAGAACGAGGGUGAAUUUCCCAAUAAGGAUAAAACUGUAGCUAUAAAGCGCAUCUUUAGUAGAGCGGACAAGCAGGGUGAAGAUGGGUUCGUUGCUGAAAUUGAAAUGCUUAGUAGUUGUAAGAAUCGCAACAUAGUCUCCCUUCUGGGAUUUUGUGAUGAAGGUCCCCAACAGAACCUUGUCUAUGAGUAUGUUUCUAAUGGAAGCCUCGAUGAUUAUUUGGGAAGCAUCAAUAACAUGACUAACCUUACCUGGUUGCAACGUAUAAGAAUAUGCAUUGAUAUUGCACAUGGAUUAGAGUACCUUCACAGUAGCACGGAGAACAAACAAAAGAUAAUACACCGGGAUAUCAAGAGCGCCAACAUACUUUUAGAUGAGAAUUGGGAGGCAAAGAUUGCUGACUUUGGGCUCUCCAAAUUCCACCCUUUGAAUCACCAAGCAAGCACUCUCAAUAGCAUUAAUGUUGCUGGCACAGAAGUGUACUUGGAUCCAGAAUAUUUGAAGACAGGUAAGUUCAAAAAGGCAACAGAUGUGUACUCUUUGGGAGUAGUUUUUUUUGAGAUUUUGUGUGGAAAGGUGGCAUAUGAUCCAAUUUAUUUGGAGGAGGAUGUAAAAGGACUGGGACCCAUCGCCCGACGACGCUUCCAGGAAGGAACACUUAAGGAAAUGAGAGAUCCUAACCUAACGGAAGAAAGUGAUGAAAUCUUUUUUACUCAAAAUAGAGGACUCAAUGAAGAUUCUUUGGCUACAUUUUCAGAAAUUGCAUACAAGUGUUUGGCAGAAACUCAAGCUGAACGUCCAACAAUGGAAGUCGUCAUCGAGGAACUUAAGAAAGCAUUAUCUUUUCAAGAAAACCAAACGGACAACCUCAAAUUUUCACUUGAAGACAUAAAAUUGGCAACAGAAAACUUCAGCAAUUGCCUUGGAGAAGAAGAAUGUUGGGGGCUAUACAAAGGAGAAGUUUUAAAUGCUAAUGGAAGUACCAUGGUUGUUGCAAAGCGGUUGGACAAUGAGGAUACUGAUUUUAUAGAACAUGAGUUUUUCACAGAGCUUAAGAUUCUCCAUGGGUAUAAGCACAAGAAUAUCAUCGGUCUUGUAGGCUAUUGCAACGAAAUGGGUGAAAGAAUCAUUCUUUAUGAGAAUACAUCUAAAGGAAGUCUUGAUAGGUAUUUAAAAGACAUAAAUCUUACAUGGAAGAAACGACUUGAGAUAUGCAUUGAUGUUGCAACGGGGUUGGAUUUCCUUCAUGGAGGUGAUACAGCACACGAAUUAGUGGUGCAUAGGAGCAUCACAAGCUUUAGCAUUCUAUUAAGUGAUGAUUGGAAAGCACGGAUUUCUAAUCUUGGACUUUCCCUUGUAACUUCAGUAGACAACGAGGUUGAGUUUGACAUAAGUGAUAGUUCCUGCCCAGUUAAAUACAUUGACCCGUUGUAUCGUGUAAAGGGUACGUUAACCAAAGAAUCUGAUAUAUUUUCAAUUGGAUUGGUUUUAUUUGAAAUAUUGUAUGGGUUUUCAACGUCUAACAACUACUCUCAUGAUAAUGAGUUAACCUCGUUGGUUAAAGACUAUUAUCGAGAAGGAAAACUUGAUGAGUUGGUGUUUGAGGGUAUUAAGGAACAAACUGUGCCACAAUCAUUGACUGCAUUUCAGAAAAUUGCCCUUCAAUGCUUACAUGACAAGAGAGAAGAAAGGCCAACGGCAGGUGAAGUGUUAAUACAACUUAAGAAAGCAUUGGAAUUCCAAGAAGAUUAUGAAAUGUGGGAGCCCAAACUGCCUAAAGACUACAAAGAAAUAAUACUGAUGUCAAAAACCCCCGACGUCUACUCUAUGUCAAAGAAAAAAGAUAUCUACGAUAUGCUCUUGAAAGGAAUCCUCGUUCAACAGGGCAACGUGUGGUUUUCAAUUGGAGAAAAUGGAGGAAGAAAUGAAAUGUUAUCAGCAAGAAACUUUUCAUACAAAAACCGUUGGUCACGUAAACGGCGAUAUGUUCCACAAUCCAGGUUUCAUAAAGCAGCAGAGAUGUUAGACAUUUCAAAUCUUAAUAUCCAAAUAAAGAUAAAACCUCAAUUUUUGUCUCCGGAUGUCAAUUAUGGUGUUUAUCUUGUCUUUAGAUUUUCUGGUCCAACAAAAUCAAAAUUUGAACGGAUGUACGUGAACCUCAAGUACAAAAAGGGGAGUGAAACCUUACAUGCAUAUUUUGCCAUAUGGAGAGAAGAUGAUUGGAUGAUGAUUGAAUUGUGUCGAUUCUUAAAUCACAAAGAAGAUACUGAUUUUGAAUUUCUACUUGAGAGUUUUCAAAGAUGCUAUUGUGAAAGCCGUGUCAUCCAUAUUGAAGGCAUUGAGUUUCGAGCCAUUGAUUAUGUGAAACAUGAAGAAAUUAAGGAAUUAAAGGAAACACAAGAAGUUUUGAAAUCAGACUUGUACGUGGACCAGGUGCAACAAAACUAUGACAAGGGUGAAAAGUUGUUCUCGCUAAACGAUGUGAACAAACAGAAGCAUUAUAUUCUUUCAGCAAAGGAGGCUCUUUACCAAUCUUCUCAUGUGAAGUUUUUUGAUCCGAUACCCUCAACCCAGUCAAGAUUCCAAAAUGCGAUUGAGCUUCAACGACAACAAGUCUUUCGUAUCAAGUGCAAGAUUGAAAGUCAAAGGUUGUCACCAGAUACAGAAUACACAUGUUACCUUGUGUUCAAGCUUUCAGAAAAAUGCCAUGGCUUGCAUUGCCCUGUAAUAGUACGAGAUUUACUCCAACAACGCCAAAACAAAGAGAAGGGAAUUCUAUAUUUUAGAUCCCCAAGCCCAUGUAAUGUCAAUGAUACUGAUUGGGUUCCAGUUGAGAGAGAAGAUGGAUGGAGGGAGAUCAAUGUGUGGAAAUUCAACUCAAGUAAUAAGCUUCGAGAUGAUUGUAUUUCUAUCAAUUUGAAGCUAAUAAGUUAUGAAGGAACUAUGUCUGGACUCAUUAUAAGCAGCCUUGAGUUUCGGCCUAUGUAAGCAGAUAACUUCAUUUUAGAGAUGUUACCACUAACUGGUAAUUGGUCAUAUCAUGGGUUUGGCAGCAGAGGUAAAAGUUCAACGAGAGGCAUUAACAACAAUCACCAAUUCUCAAAUCAAGAAAAACGAGGAAGUCCCCAAGCUGUUCCUAUAUGCAUUCUUUUCGGGUGGCAUGUUGGCUCCGAAGACAAGUUGAUUAUGUAAUUUUUCCUUAUACAGCUCUACUUUCUCAUUAUCCUUCAAAAUAUGUGUUCAUCUUUGUCACUGACAGGCUCAGUUGGAUAUAAUAUGUGCUUCUAUAAUAUGUAUAUUACGUGUUGUAUCAACACACCUAAUAA